AUGGCUACCGACUCGCUCAAUGAGAACCGACUCUUUAUCAAUGGCGAAUUCGUCCCUUCGUUAUCCGGCAAAACGUUUGAUAUAAUCAACCCCACUACUGAGGAGGUCAUAGCCGCCGUUUAUGAAGCCGAUGUUGGAGAUGUCGACCGUGCUGUGGAAGCGGCCAAAGCCGCCUUUCCAGCAUGCCAUGCGAUGGAUAUUACUGGAGAGACAUCUCUUAAUACUCCUGGCUACCUCAAUCUGUCCGUCCGUCAGCCGUACGGCGUGUGCGGAGGCAUCAUCCCUUGGAACGCUCCUUUGCUUAUGCUUGUCACCAAAAUUGGCCCAGCCUUGGCAGCCGGAAAUACCAUGGUGCUCAAGUCGUCGGAGAAAUCGCCUUUCGCAUCAAUAGUCUUCGCUUCCUUGUGCCAGACAGUCGGUCUUCCUAAAGGUGUCCUCAACAUCUUGAGUGGAUUCGGUCAACCUUGCGGUGAGGCUAUAGCCAAGCACAUGAAAGCUUCCAGUGAGUCGAAUUUGAAGGACGUCAGCUUGGAGCUUGGCGGGAAAAGUCCUUUGCUUGUGUUCGACGACGCUCCUCUCGAGAAGGCAGUUAUGUCCGCUACCUUCUCCAUUCUGUACAAUUCAGGCCAGGUCUGCAUGGCUAGUACUAGGACCUACGUACAGGAAGGCAUUGCCCCCCGGUUCAUUGAAGCUCUUAAACAAGCAAUGGCCGAAAUGGGCGUGCCGGGCGAUCCUACGCUUGCCGAUACCAAGCGAGGGCCCCAAGUCGACAAGCUGCAGUUCAGUCGGGUAUUGUCCUCUCUCGACCACGCAAAAGAGCAGGGCUUCGAGAUCACCCUUGGCGGAAACAAGGCUCGUGACAAGGGCUACUUUGCGGAUGCGACUAUUGUUCAGAAUGUACCGGAAGACGAUAAGUUGGUCAGGGGGGAAAUCUUUGGUCCUUUGCUUGUGGUCAACACCUUUACAGGCGAGGAGGAAGUCUUGAAGAGGGCAAAUGACACCGAGUUUGGUUUGUACUCGAGUGUUUUUACAAGCGAUAUUUCACGAGCUCUGAGAGUUGCCAAGGCGCUGGAAGCUGGUGCAGUUGGCGUUAAUUGUACAAGUCCUUUCAUGGUUGUUGAUCUGCCGAUGGGUGGAUGGAAGCAAAGUGGUGCGGGUGGAAGGGAGUUUAGCAAGGCUUGCUUGGACACCUGGACUCAGCUGAAGAGCGUAUUUAUUUCUUUGUAG